AGCAAUUGUAAAAAAAGACCUCUAACUCCAUACUUUUAGCGAAUAAUAUCCUGGCAUGUGAAUUAGGGUAAAAAUUAUUAAAAGGGCUAAAAUGGAGGGACUAAAAAUAAAAACAUUUCUGUGGUCAAUGUUUGUACUUCUUCUGAACAAUGGAAUGGCCCACGAAGCAAAAGACUUUGACGACUCCAUUCUAUAUAAGAUAGACUUUGAAUUGCCGGAUUUACCAGGUCAACAGGAGCUCGGCAAUCAAAUACGCACAUUUUACACACACGAAAAGGAAAAGUAUGAGUGUCUCAUACCAGCCCUUGAGACGCCGAAGGAGGAGGAGAAAGCAAACCAGCCAGAGCUGUCACCAAUUGGGUUACUGCAGCCUAUAUUUGCGGCGCCCACCUGUUCAUAUCGCAUCGAAGCGUAUUGGUCGUAUGAAAUCUGUCAUGGCCAUCACGUGCGUCAAUACCAUGAGGAGCGCGAAGGUAAAAAUGUUAAGUUUCAAGAAUACUAUUUGGGGAAAUGGAGCGAGGAGAAGACUGAGCUGCUGACAAAGGCUUGGGAAGUAGAGCGCAAGGGUGGUAACAAGCCAAAAUACAAGACUUUAAAGAUCGACAACACGAGGUAUCCGUAUUUCGAAAUGGAGUUCAGCGAUGGAACAAUGUGCGACAUUAUAGAUGCGCCUCGCACAACGCUGGUUCGCUAUGUUUGUUAUCCACAUGGCAAGGAUGAUAUCUAUUCAUUCAAAGAGACUUCAUCUUGUAAUUAUGAAGCUAUCAUAUUGACAUCCGUGUUAUGCGUCAUUCCUGCGUUCCACGCGGAAGAAUCUAAAGAGAUUUCUAUUAAGUGCUUCAAUUCAGAAACGAAACCACAUAAGCCGCUCAGUAUGCUGCGACAGGAACUGCGCGAAUGGCAGGAGAGCGAACAUGAUUUCCUCAUCUCGAAGGAAUCCAAACCACCAGCAAAGUUGUGGCCAAAGGCAGAUGGCGAUUUAGUUACAUUCAAGUAUUCGAGUGAUGUAGACAAAAUAGUUUUAGAGCUGAUAGCCAAUGGCGAUAUUGAUGUUGAAAACGAUUAUCAUCAACUUCUUUUAUCACGCACCACAUUGGCCUCACCUCCACCGGCACCGCCAGCACCACCCCUCAAUGAUUUGUCACCCAUCAAGGAAUUUAUUUCGGGCAAAAACUGCCUCACUGGUGGCACUGGCUGGUGGAAAUAUGAGUUUUGCUAUGGAAAACACGUUCGACAAUUCCACAAGGACAAAAACAACGAUGUCGAGCUCUUUUUGGGCUUCUUUUCGGAGGCAGCACAUCGACAAUGGGUAGCCUUAAAUCCCGACAAAGGAGCCAGACGCCCCGGCUUCACCUCCUCCAUAUGGCAUCAUUACGAGAAGGGAACCCACUGUGAUCGCACCGGCUUGCCCCGAGAAGUUGACGUCAAGCUGACCUGUACGCCUGUAACGACCAGUGGCACAGCCGUUUCCAUGUACUUGCUGGAACCAAAGACAUGUCAGUACAUCUUGGUUGUGGAAUCGCCCAUAAUAUGUGAUCUCAUGCAUUACGCCGAUGACCAUGGCCUGGUAAAGGCGGAAAAGCUGCAGAAGUUCCUGCACACAGAUAAGCCAACGGCACCUGCGCCGGGACACAACACAGAGUCUGAGGAGCAAAUACGCUCCUAAGCACACGCGUCUAGUGAAUUAAUUACUAAAAUAUAUUUCCAUGUACAUAUAGUA